UCUGUUUUUUUAUGCCAAGUCUGUGAAGAUCUGUGCUCUGUAGCUUUUUUGUAAAUCAACGUAAAUUCAUCAGUAGCUCUUAUGGAUGCAAAUGCAAGUCCUAUGUGUUUUCUGUUCGGUGUUGCAUCUACUAUAUGCCACUUGCACAAAUUAAUAAAAUUGCCUAGCCACUGAUUGUUCUGCUCAAAUAGGCAUGAUAAUGUUAGUCUAUGUUUUCCCAGAUUUCUGUAAAACAUAGCGUUUUGGAAAAUUCACAUCUUAAAAACCAUGUAUCAUAUAAAACAAUGCCAUAUAUGCUUGUUGUUCAGUUUUAUGUCUAUUUUCUGGCCAUGCCGUUUUCAUCCCCACUAAAAAUCUCCAACACUCUGUGUUCAGUAGCUAAAGUACCUAUGAAAAAUGUGCAACAGUGUGACUCGUAGAUAUGCUUUGGGCUACUCUUGUACGCACACAGGUAUAGCCCAGCUCGGUUCAAAGGCCUAGGUUAAGCUGGAGAAGUUUCUCUUCUUAAACAAGCAAAUCCCUACUUCUUUCUGGAAGUAAAUAGAUUAUGCUCCUAUUUAUAGCAAAAAAUUACAGUUAUUUAACCCUGCCAUUUUUGUCUCUGUUUUUCUGUUGUUCAUGCCAAGUCUGAAUAUCUCGAUGACUGUCUUGUAGUACAUGCAGUAUAUAGUAGUGCCAGCUACAUCGAAAACCAUGGGGCCUUCACGAGCUGUCCCCUGCCUGGUCCUCCUCUUCCUCCUCUCCUCGUCCAGCGGCGCUUCCGUUGUACUAGAAGACACGUGCAAAUCCAUCGCCGCCGGCAAGGAAAGGAGCAUCGGCUACAACUACUGCAUCAAGUUUUUCGAGGCCAGCAAGGGCAGCGCCACCGCCGACAAGCGUGGCUUGGCCGUCAUCGCGUCGAAGCUCAACAGAAGAGCGGCAGCCAAGAGCAUGGUCAAGCGCAUCCACGCCCUCAGGGCCUCGGAGAAGGACAAGGUCAUCCAGAUGGGCCUCGACAUCUGCGGCCAAUUGUACUCGACAGCCGUGGACGAGCUCGAUGCUGCGGCUAAAGGCGUCGAGGCGGGCACACCGGAAGUCAAAUUUGACGCGGAGAUGUACCUCACCGGCGCGUUCGACGCCCCCGAGACCUGCGAGACCGGGUUCGGGGAGAUGGGCCUGAAGUCGCCGCCCGUCGCCGAGGACGCCGAGUUCACUAAGGAGGUGUACAUCGCGAUGGCUGUAACGCACUCGUUAUAGGUAGGUAGCUUGAUUAGAAGCGAAUUGUCUUUCAGGUAGGUAACACUAGUAAUCUGAUCGUGUAUCAGACUAAUCAUUGGCCACUGGAUUAGUUAGAAGCAGGACGUACGAUCGAUCUUGUUGCCGCUACCCCGCAGAAAAAAAAGAUCUUGUUGCCGCUAAUCAAGUGCUUUGUAACUGCUCCCGCAACCUACGCUCGGGUUACUGUUACUCUUUCCGUCAGUUUAUUCCUUUCCUCGUUGCAUACAUCCUUAAAUUAGACCUCCUCACGCGCGCCGCCACACCAGACCGGCCGCGCGCUACCGCAAAACAAACAGGCACGGGGCGUACGUGAGGUCAACAUGACGCCUACUCAAUUCAUUUUUCGAUUCUUCCUUCGUUUUCCCUUCUUAAUUAAUUAAUCUUGUCAACUGCAAUCUCUCGUCUCUCCCAGCAGAAGAAAUUAAAAAAAAAAGUCCCGGCGAAUCGAUCGGCAAAGCCUUGCUCCCUCGCUGCCUGCCCACGUACGGCCCGCCUCUCUUCUAUUUCUA